CACGGAAGCGGAAGUCCGUCCAUGAAGCCGACAGCGCUGCUGCGGAUAAACAAACAAGUGGCGCUUGUCAGAGGCUUCGUGAGUAAGACAUGUUUGGGGAGCUUCAGUCGCCCAGAGGACAACCUGGACACGACUGAAAAGCUGUCGUGUUAGCCAGACGCAAAAGGAGGAAGUCCAACAUCACGCCAUCUCAGUGAAGAGCGACAUGGAGCACAACCACAAUGACAGGAAGUUGCACCUGUGUGGUGUGUGCGGCAAAUCCCUCAGCGACCAUCGCUCCCUUUCCCGCCACAAGCUGACGCACUCGACCGAACGUGCUCACGGCUGCCAGACAUGCGGCCGUCGCUUCAAGCUGUCAGGAACACUACGGCAGCAUGAGAAGAUCCACAUGCGUGGAGAACGCACGUUUCUAUGCGACAUCUGCUGCCAGAUGUUCUGGAGCAGCCAGCAGCUGCAUGUGCACAUGCGGCGCCAUAGUGCCGAGCGGCCGCACCGCUGCCGUCUGUGCGGAAAAGGCUUCGUCACCAGGGGGCUCCUGACCGUGCACACACGCGUGCACACAGGCGAGGCGCCCUACCACUGCCCUGACUGCGGCCUGUCCUUCAAACGCAAGGUGCACCUGGACAACCAUAUGACAAUCCACUCAGGCGCCAAGCCCUUUGUUUGCGCCGUAUGUGGCAAAGCGUGUGCACGUAAGACCUACCUGACGGUGCACAUGAGGACGCACAGCGGUGAACGUCCUUACAAGUGUGGCUUGUGUGACAGAGCCUUUACUCAGAGUCACUGCCUGAAGACACACAUGAGAAGCCACCAGGGGGCGUCAGCCUUCCAGACGUUGAAGUGACACAGCCAUUCAGUGAUUCAGCAAAGGGUUCCUGUCAUUCCACCGCUCCUGACUGCCUGAACUUUUCCAGCGUUGCUUUUGUCCUCCUUGUGACCCGACUCGGUCUUGUCCUUUCUUUCCGUGGCAUCUCCGUUCGCCGCCAUAGUACUAGCUUGUUAGCAUGCAAAUGUGUAUGAUGUUGUGGCUUCCCUACUGUCACACAUUAUCAGUAGACACAAUUGUCUUUAUGUCACCGCUAUACAAACGCCAUCACAUGACCGUAGAUGACCGAGGUCACGCCAAACAUGUUGGCCUAAGCAGGACCCACCGAAGGUCAGGGGGCAGAUAGAGGAGAGGAAGAACCCGGCUGCUGUGUAGUCAGAACCACUGUUGUUAUGACCUUCUGCAAGUCUCCUUUCCUUUGCAGGUACAGUAUAAGAAAAAUAAGAAAAAUGUAUUUGACCACCCUUGUUUCUUCAGAUUCUUGUUCAUUUUAAUGCUUGUACAACUCAUUGUACAUUUGUUUGGACAAAUAUUAUGAUGAGAAAAAUAGCUCAUAAGAGUUUGAUUGCUAUUGUUGUAUGAACUUAAGUGAUUUUGGUUAUUAUCAAGAAAACCAUGGAAAUGGCAAGAUAUCAGCUCUGAAAUUAAACUCUUAUGAGCUAUUUUUCUUGUCAUUUUUAAAUACAAAUAUAUACUGUACAAAUGUAUCUUUAAUUGUACCAGGUAGGGAUUCUCAGCAUUUUAUGCUUCCGAUUCUGAUACCAAUCAUCCAGGACUGAAAUCGGCCGAUACCGAUCACAUGGAUUAAUUAUACAGAUUUUACAGUAUUUGCUAUUGGCCAGAGGUGACGUAUAAAGGGGUGCCAUCUGACUGUCAUGCAUAUACGGGCGAGUGUUGUCCUCAUGGCUGCGUUAACUCACCAUACUCCGUCACGUGUUUGUUCUUCAAAUGUCGUAUUAAAGCUUUUUAACAUGCUACCCCCGCAAGAUACUUUUUGUGGCAUGUGUUGCAGGGGUUGGGAAAAUAAUCAAUUCUUAGAUGCAUCGCGAUGCGGACAUUGACUAUUAAUAAUCGAUUCAGAAAUGUCAAUAAUUGAUGCUGACAGAACAAAAAAACAAAGACGGAAAUCAGAAGUGCUGCCCGUACAGUUUAUGGUGUUGCACCUACUGUAAGUGUAAGACGCCACCAGUAUGUAUGGCUGAGCGUAAGCCGACCCUCAACCGCUGGAUUUAAAGCACGCGUCUGGAAGCUCUUUGGAUUUUAUUUACUUGAAGGUACAAAUGAGCUGGACAAGAUGCGAGCUUUGUCAUACAAGCUUAAAAUAUUUUGGAAACACGACAAAUAUGAGAAACCACAUAGGAUGUUUCCACCCGAACCAGGAGGAAAAACAGCCACUUGAAGUUGUUGCCAACCACAGAACCAUAGAGCAGGUGAUAACUAAUUUUCCACCCAACUCGGAAAAGGCGAAGCGAAUCACAAAGUAAAUUGCAACUUUUAUUGCAAAGGAUUUGUGGCCGUAUUCGAUUGUUGAGAAGCGGGGCUUUCGUGCUUUGUUGCGCACUUUGGAACCCAGAUACAACUUUUCCUGCUGGUUCUGUGCAAUGGUAAAUAUGUUGGUAGAUGUAACCUGCCAAUUAUUAAGAUAAUGGGAUAAUUAAUCUGUUUCAUGUUUAUUUUAAUUGUGAAUCGUUACAAAUAUGCUUUGUUUUAGUAGUACACAGUGAGUAAAAAUAAAUGAUAUAAAAUGCAUAAGAAAUGAUAUAUAAAAAAUAUGUAUAAAACAAAAAAUGAUGCAUAAAAAAACUGACAAACUAUUGAUCACAAAAAAAGGUGCAUCGAUAAUCGUUUUAUCAUCGCAUCGCAGGCGUCUAAAUUGUAAUCGUAUCGCAUCGAAUCGUGAGAGAGAUUCCCACCACUAAUGGGUUGGUUUACGUUCACACGCCAGAUUGUUUUUUUUUUUUUUUUUUUUGGCGCGCCUGCGCGGUGUGAAGGAAGGUGGGAGGAUGACACUGCUCAAGACGUUAGUCAGGGCAAGACACUACAUUGCACGAAGGGAUCGCUGCGGGCUGCAAUAGUGCUAGCCACAGGUGAUUGGCGUUGAAAAGUAUUUAUCGGCAUAUUCCGAUCACGUGAUUUCGGACGAUGGCCGAUCGACCUGAGCAUCCCUAGUACCAGGCAUUAAAAUGAACAAGAAAUUGAAGAAACAAAGUGGUCUAAUAUAUAUACAGUAUACAGUAAGUGACAUAUAUACUGUGUGUGUGUGUGUGUAUAUGUAUGUGUAUAUGUAUGUAUGUAUGUAUGUAUGUAUGUAUAUAUAUAUAUAUAUAUAUAUAGUAUCUACUGUGUGUAUAUAUAUAUAUAUAUAUAUAUAUAUAUAUAUAUAUGUAUAUACAGUAUCUACUGUAUGUACAGUAUGUAUAUAUAUAUGUAUAUACAGUAUAUGUGUGUGUGUGUGUGUGUAUACUCACUCACUUUACACAUAAGACAUGGAGGACAUAAAAUACAAUAAUAAAACAUGAAAUACAGUAUAAUAAUUAAAUUUAACAUUAAUAGAAAGAGAAUAACUUACUUUUCUACCUGUAAUUUAUUUGUAGUAGGAAGUAGAAGAGGCAGGAGAAGCUUCAGUAGAAUCUGCAGAAGGUACUGAGGCAGGGGUUGCAGGAUCACUUCCUGAAUCAACAAGGCUCACUGGAAUACUGAUCUUCAAGCCAGAACACAACCAAUCUUUCCAACCAAUCUUUUCUGAGUAACAAAGACCAGUACGUUGCUAAGUUAGCGCUGUCGCUGUCACAGGCGCAGAUCCUUUUACAUCGGCAAGGAUUCAAUUUUUGUACUUAAUGAUAGAUGUCGCAGUUGAACGUCCAAAAGCACAGACAACAUUUGUGGGCAUUUCUCCUUUCUCAGAGCUCCUGAUGAUGUUUAUUUUCACUUCCAAGGUGACGGAUUUUCUUUUUCUCAGCUUACUUCAACCAGAGUAACCUAGCUUACGCUUGGUAGACAGAAUGAUGUGGAGAAAGUUAAUUAAUAAGCAGUGUUAUUCAGCUCAGUGCACAGUGGCCCCUAACUUAAACUUUUAGGAAUGCAAGCAGAUAAUUUAGGGGUGCGCACCGAAAUCGACUUGCAAAGUAAAUAUUCAUAUUUCCUCUCAUUUUCACUGUAAAACUGAUAAAUACUUGAACAAUAAAUGGCAACUGUCUUCUGUAAUCACCCUGUUUCUGUCCCUAGCUUCUGGAAGGCCUCAUUGGUGGCAUCAUAUCAUAUACAUUAUAACUCCAAUACUGCCCUCUUUUCACAAACAAACCAAUCAAAGUGGCCAUUCACCUCCACGCUCUCACACACAUUGGCCCGCCUUCUUCUUUGGUGUUCGUUUCCUUUCUUCUUCUCUUGGAGUUAAUGUCGGAUGGGAAACUAGCUCAUUUGCGCGUUGCUGUCAACUACUGGGCUAAAGUGUGAAGCAGAAAA